AUGGAGGACUUCAUGGAGGACUUCGACGGUUUUGAGCCCGCUCAUAUUAUACCAACAAGUUCCCCCUUCUCGCAGGAUUCCCUACAAAAGUCGGAACGAAGGGUCUCCACGUCCUCCAUUCCUCGUCCCUCGAAGACGGACAAGGAGCGACUAACCCGGGAUGACCGGGCGAUCUGUGUUUCUUUGCCCAAGAAGGUGCGGAACAAACGGGCCUCCACCCUGACCAAGUUGCAGCAGCAUGGGGAAUGA